UUUCUUUUAUGCUGUGGUUACAGCUAGCAGCAUUAACGUUUGCACGCUCAGCGCUUCUAUUGCUGGCCAUGUAUUCUACACGUCGACGAUUCUUAGCAUUGGAACUGCUAUUGACUGGAAUACUGUUCUUGAACAAACCGAUGUUCCCAACACGCAGGGUGCUUUCUCAGUGGCGGUGAAUUGUCCCGUGGGUGGGGUUGCGGCUAUUUAUGUCGACUCGAUCUUUAUGUCUAACCAGGUUACUCCUGAGACGAUUGACGAUGUGUCGAUUGACUUUGGUGAUCAAGGUAGCCCUGCUAC